AAGGAAAAAUCAUUUUGCUGUGGAUAUUUUGUCCGUUAGAUAUUUUGACCAUGAUCCAUGAUAGACAUCUAUGUCUAUAAAUUUGACCAACCGUAUCAAAAUUUACAGUCUGUGAUAAGAUUAUGUUUCUAUGCGGCACGGACGACCAUAAAUUCGACUAAUAUUAAUUUUUUUCAACCCAUCACUGUCCGUGCAUAGUGGAUUGUCAUAUUUUGUCGUGAUUCUGUCGUUACUGGCUAUAAAAUUAUAAUCGUGAUUUGCUCAAAUCUUUUUUUUCUACAUUAUUAUGAUCUAAGGUCAUUCGUUUUAUCGUCUCGAUCGUCUUGACGUCUUAUCAGUUGUCCCUCGUUCACGUCUGGUCAUAAGUCCGUCAGUCGUGAAUAUAUUUUAAAUCGUUACAACUCUAGUCAGCUACCUAAAAGUUAUUACCUAAUCUCGUUUAAUGUAUAAAAUAUAACUAAUUAUAGUUAUUAUUAAUUUUGUAUUCAUCGUUGUGACGGUUAACUUUUAUCAGUAUUUGACACGACUUAAAAUCGCUUAGUUUUUCAACUGAUAACUUACACUACCUAUAGUUUCGUUGUAUCCAAAUUCGAUCACCACAGUACUUAAACUGGAAUUCUAAAUGCUCAUGGAUCAACAACAAAUUUCGUAUUUUUAUCAAGACCUGUUAAGUUGUCCCGCCCACUUGUACGAGUAGAUAUCAAGAACUAUCCUAUGCCAUUUUUUUUUUUUACAAAUAUUUUCACUUACGGUCAGUGGUCGAAAUAGCUCAAGAUAAGUGGAGGGAUGCCUUACAAUUCAGAUUUCCUGAUAUCAUCAUAACAUUCUUCAUACCUUGCAACAUAGUUUGGUUAUAUGGAAAUGCUAUCAAAUGGAUAUAGAUGUAUCAAAAAAUGUACCAAAGCAUUAAAGCAAUCCUUAUUUGAUUGGAUCCUUCAUAAAUUUAACAAUUUAUUGACCAGAACAAUGAGUGACAUCCCAACAGCAUCUACAUCAACAGCAUCAACAUCAUCAGCUUCGACGUCACAAACCAUGCCAUAUAAUUUUGACAAUCAGUGUCCGCUACGAGAUUUAGAUUAUACAACAACAGAGGAAUCAGAAAUUUCGUCUGAUGAAUCAGAAAUGUUUGAAGACAAUUUGAGUUAUUCAAAUGAUAAUGUUUGCAAGCUGGAUCCCAUAAUUGAUGAUAACAUGGACGAUACGUCGUGGUCGUCUACAGCAUCAUCCAAUACAUCAUACGGAGAUAAAUCGAGUUCUGAAAAUUCCGAAAUCUUAAAUGCGGCAAUUUUUAAAGAGUGGAUUAGAGAGGGCUGGGCUCUUAAUAAAUCAACUACUAAGCAAGAAAAUGCAGAGAAUUUAAUAUCACCAAUACUCAUAUUAGUUCAGCAACCAUGUGAAACUGAAGGCCAGAUGAAUGAAAUUGGAAUCGACCUGAUAAACGUGGAAGAACACGCAAAAAGACUCAAAGAACUCGAAAAAGAAAUUGAUUUCAUAGAAUCAACAGAAUGGAUGUAUCGCCCAAUAGACUCAUCUAUUAGAUAAUAUUAAAUCAUUUAACAAUCAAAUUUGUUAAACAUAAUCACAUUCUUCUAUUAAAAGACGAAAAUUGUUUGAUACAAAUUUUAAAUUUAAAAAAAUAUAAACUUAAGUGUAAUGAAUUUUUAAACAAUAUUGUGAAUACUUUAAAUU